GGAGACUUCCAAAGUCCAGCUCCUCACUCUCCUGGAAACCAGCCCAGAACCUCCACCCUCUGACACCAUGGUCAACUCCUGUUGUGGCUCCAGCUGCUGCCAGCCUUGUUGCCGCCCCAGCUGCUGCCAGACCACCUGCUGCAGGACCACCUGCUGUCGCCCCAGCUGCUGUGGCUCCAGCUGCUGCCAGCCUUGCUGCCGCCCCACCUGCUGCCAGACCACCUGCUGCAGAACCACUUGCUGCCGCCCCAGCUGCUGUGGUUCCAGCUGCUGUGGUUCCAGCUGCUGCCGCCCCAGCUGCUGCAUCUCUAGCUGCUGCCGGCCCUGCUGUGGGGGUUCCAGCUGCUGUGGCUCCAGCUGCUGCCAGCCUUGCUGCCGCCCCACCUGCUGCCAGACCACCUGCUGCAGGACCACUUGCUGCCGCCCCAGCUGCUGUGGUUCCAGCUGCUGUGGUUCCAGCUGCUGCCGCCCCAGCUGCUGCAUCUCUAGCUGCUGCCGGCCCUGCUGUGGGGGUUCCAGCUGCUGUGGCUCCAGCUGCUGCCAGCCUUGCUGCUGCCCCAUCUGCUGCAGGACCACCUGCUGCAGGACCACCUGCUGCCGCCCCACCUGCUGUGUGUCCAGCUGCUGCCGCCCCUGCUGUGGGGGUUCCAGCUGCUGUGGCUCUAAUUGCUGUGGCUCCAGCUGCUGCCAGCCUUGCUGCCGCCCCACCUGCUGCCAGACCACCUGCUGCCGGACCACCUGCUGCCGCCCCACCUGCUGUGUGUCCAGCUGCUGCCGCCCCUGCUGUGGGGGUUCCAGCUGCUGUGGCUCUAAUUGCUGUGGCUCCAGCUGCUGCCAGCCUUGCUGCCGCCCCACCUGCUGCCAGACCACCUGCUGCCGCCCCAGCUGCUGUGGCUCCAGCUGCUGUGGCUCCAGCUGCUGCCGCCCCUCCUGCUGCAUUUCUAGCUGCUGCCGCCCCUCUUGCUGUGGUUCCAACUGCUGUGGCUCCAGCUGCUGUGGCUCCAGCUGCUGCCGCCCCUCCUGCUGCCCCUCCUGCUGCCUGCGCCCAGUCUGUGGCCGGGUCUCCUGCCACACCACUUGCUAUCGCCCCACCUGUGUCAUCUCCACCUGCCCCCGCCCCAUGUGCUGUGCCUCCUCUUGCUGCUGAAUCUCUCUGCCUAUAAUCUUUGUGACAUAGGGAUGUCUCCACAAGUCACAUAAAAUGUGUUAGAGCCAGCCAGUGACUGGGGGAUGGACUCUCAGCUGCCAACUCUUCAUCUUCUGAUUUGGCAUUUAGAGUUGGCAUUCAGUUCUAGGAAAUAAUAGAUUAAAACAAUUGUCAAAUGAUUUUUAUCCGAUACAUCCAUUUUUAGGCCAGCAAUAUCUUCAUCCUACGUAUACACUGAUUGUGAUGAUCUUACAUGACAUUGUUUUCAUGUGUUCUUAAUAAACAGCCAUUUCCCCAAUACUAAAA